AUGGAGGAGCAGCGGGCGCUGGAGGCUGCCCAGGAUGGGGACGUGGCCACCUUGGAACGGCUGCUGGAGGCUGGUGCCCUGGGCCCGGGCAUCACAGACACCCUGGGGGCCGGCCUGGUGCACCACGCCGCUCGGACUGGCCACCUAGACUGCGUCAAGUUCCUGGUGCAGCAGGCCAAGCUGCCCGGCGACCAGCGGGCCCACAACGGGGCCACGCCGGUGCACGACGCCGCUGCCACAGGCAGCCUGGCCGAGCUGUGCUGGCUCGUCCGUGAUGGGGGCUGCGGCCUGCAGGACCAGGAUGCCUCAGGCGUCUCCCCACUGCACCUGGCCGCCCGCUUUGCACACCCCACGCUGGUGGAGUGGCUGCUGCACGAGGGCCACUCGGCCACCCUGGAGACACGAGAGGGGGCCUUGCCUCUGCACCACGCUGCUGUCAGUGGGAACCUGACCUGCCUGAAGCUCCUGACGGCCGCCCACAGCAGCAGCGUGAACCGGCGCACGCGCACUGGUGCCUCCCCACUCUACCUGGCCUGCCAGGAGGGUCACCUGCACCUGGCCCAGUUCCUGGUGAAGGACUGCGGCGCCGACGUGCACCUGCGAGCUCUCGACGGCAUGAGCGCCCUGCACGCCGCAGCCGCCCGCGGCCACUACUCGCUCGUCGUCUGGCUGGUCACGUUCACCGACGUCGGGCUGAUGGCACGGGACAACGAGGGGGCCACGGCCCUGCACUUCGCGGCUCGCGGCGGCCACACGCCCAUCCUGGACCGGCUCCUGCUGAUGGGCGCCCCCAUCCUGAGAGACUCCUGGGGCGGGACCCCCCUCCACGACGCUGCAGAGAACGGGCACAUGGAGUGCUGCCAGACCCUGGUCUCCCACCGCGUGGACCCCUCCCUGCGGGAUGAGGACGGCUACACAGCGGCGGACCUGGCCGAGUACCACGGACACCGCGAGUGUGCCCAGUUCCUGCGGGAGAUGGCCCGGCCGGUGCCCCUGCUCAUGGCGCCCCCGCCCCCGCCAUUCCCACCACCUCCGCUGUCCGCUGCCAGGCACUCCCUGGAGGAGGAAGGAAGAGGGAGCUCAGGUGUCAGGAGCCCCAGCCCUGCCUCUCUCAGCCCAACCUGGCCGGCCCAGCCCCCACUGAGGGAGCAGACAACCUGCGAAGCCCUGCCGAGGGUCACCACCAGUGCCCCGGCCACCUCCACGGGGCCAGAGAUGGCAGCAAGGGACGUCCCCGAAGGCCUGGCCGGGCUGCAGCUAGACGAGCUGCCCUCUGGCGACCUCGACGGAUUGGUGCCCACGCAGGACGAGCACGGCCAGCCCAUCCCCGAGUGGAAGCGGCAGGUGAUGGUGCGGAAGCUGCAGGCACGCCUGGGCGCCGACCCGGAGCCCCAGGCCCAGGACGGCGGUGGGGGCCCGGGCCCCGCGCAGCAGGCGGCGUGGCGCUACUCGCAGACCCACCAGGCCAUCCUGGGCCCCUUCGGGGAGCUGCUGACCGAGGACGACCUGCUGCACCUGGAGAAACAGAUCACGGACCUGCAGCUGCGGCGCCGCUGCCAGGAGUACGAGAGCCAGCUGGGCCGGCUGGCGGCCGAGCUGCAGGCCCUGCUGCCCGAGCCCCUGGUCAGCAUCACCGUCAACAGCCGCUUCCUGCCCCGGGCGCCCGGCGCCGAGGGCGAGGAGGCCCCGGCCCUGGCCGGCGUGCUCCAGGGCCCCGCGGAGGCGGCGCCCGGCGGGCAGCCCCUGCCCUUCUGGUGCAAUCACACCGGCCGCCUGGUGCGUAGCCUGUCCCUGCUGCUGAAGGGCGUGAACGGGCUGGUGCAGGCCGAGGAGACGCCAGGCCCCCAGCCCCCGCAGCCCCCGCAGCCCCCGCCUAGGGAGGCCCCGGCCGGCGCCCCUCGAAGCGAGGCCCAGCGCGAGAUCCAGGAGUGGGGCGUCUCCGUGCACACGCUGCGCGGCAACUUCGAGUCGGCGCCCGGCCCGCCCUGCGCCUCAGCCCCAGGCCCCUGUGAGCCGGGAGCCGUGCCUGGGCAGUGCCCCCGAGGCUGCUGGGCGGCUCCUCCCCAGCCCCAGCCCCAGGGCGGGCCGGCCGACGCGGAGGAGGCCAGCGACUCGGGCAUCAGCUGCGAGGAGGCGGUGUCAGAGGCGGGCGCGGCCUCCAGCCCGGACCUGGCCAGCCUGCGCAAGGAGCGCAUUGUCACGCUCUUCCUGAGCCACUGGAAGAGGUCGGCCGACACGCCGGCCCUCAAGGCCGCGGCCUGCAGGACCCUGGAGGCCCGCCGCGCAGCCGGGGGCCCCCGCGAGCCCCGGCUCAGCCACCUGUGGCAGCAGAGGAGCAUCAUCGCCCACCUGCUGGGCACCUGGAAGGCCAUCAUGGCGCACGUGCCGGCGCGGCAGCUGCGGCGGCUGAGCCGGCAGCCCCGCGGGCCCCUGUCCCCCGAGCAGUUCCUGCCCCACGUGGACGGGGCGCCCGUGCCCUACGGCAGCCUGUCGCUGGACCUCUUCAUGCUGGGCUACUUCCAGCUCCUGGAGUGCGACCUGCCAGCCGAGGAGCGCAAGAUGCGCCACCUGCUCUGCUUCGAGGUCUUCGAGCACCUGGGCGCCCACGGCUGGGAGGCGGUGCGAGCCUUCCACAAGGCCGUGACCGAUGAGGUGGCUGCCGGCCGCCGUGCCUGGACCGAUGGCUUCGAGGACAUCAAAGCCCGCUUCUUCGGCUCCGGCCGGGGUCCCGCCUGGGACUCGGAGCCGGGCCGCAAGUCGGGCCUGACUCCGCUGGGGCCGCGGCCGCCGGCGCCCGGCCCCGAGCCGGCAGCUCGGUGGCUGGGCUCCGGCUCGCGGUGGGGCAGCUUCAGCAGCGAGGACAUCUGCGGCUACAUCGACCGGAGCUUUGCCUUCUGGAAGGAGAAGGAAGCUGAGAUGUUCAGCUUCGGGGACUGA